AUGGCAGCGAAAGCGUCAGAUACAGACUUCAGGAAAAAAUGGGACAAGGAAGAAUAUGCAGAAAAGGCACGGAAGCGCGAUUUAGAAGAGAAAGAGCGCAUGCAGGACAAUGAAGAACGAAUGAAGAAAGGCAAGAGACCACGGAAAACAGCUCGUCGUGAUGACCUCCCAAAACCAACCGAGCUGAUGAAACAACGAGAAGGAUCCUUGGAACUCGACAAAAAUCUCAAUAAAACGAUGGUUGUACAGAAUCCAGGAGGACGAGGUCCCGGCCAGCCUGGAUUCUAUUGUGAGACAUGUAAUCGAACAUAUAAAGAUACAACAAGUUAUCUCGACCACGUCAACAGCAGAGCUCACUUACGGGCAAUCGGGCAAACCACAAAGCUAGAACGUUCUACGCUGGAACAAGUUCGAGCCCGCAUAGCCCUUCUGCGAGAAAGAACGAAGGAUUCUGUGUCAGCAAAGGCAUUUGACUUUGAUCAGAGGCUGGCUGAAGUCAGGGCGAAGGAGUUAGCUCUACGGGAAGGAAAGAAAGCGCAAAAGAAAGCAGAGAAAGAAAAGGCACGUCUGGAGCUUGCCAAGGAGGUAUCAGAAGGUCAGGACAAUGACUUGAUGGAGAUGAUGGGUUUUGGAGGCUUCGGUACGACUAAGAAAUAG